UUGAUUUACCAUAAUGAUUUAUUUCUAACUACAGGAACCAAUCGGCUGCAAUGUGCCAGCAUUGAAUACAACCAGCACUGUCUUUCAGGAGUGCCCAGACUCAACGCAUCAGAACUCCAUCAAUGACUUCAAGUUCAAUCGAUUGCUUGGGAGAGGAUUCUUUGGACAGGUCUUCCAGGCACAACAUAACAAAACAGGGAAGACGCUUGCCAUCAAGAAACUCAAGAAGGAAAUAUACUUUGCAGGCAACAUGGUCAAAAGUGUUUUUGUGGAGCGGGACGUCUUAAGGUUGGCAAGAAACACCAGAUGUCCAUUCCUUGUGAGUUUGUUCUGUGCCUUCCAGACGGAACAUCACGCAUUCCUAGCUAUGGAAUUCGCUGCUGGAGGAAGUUUAGGGUCUCUGUUGAACACCGGUGCACUAACCCAGGAAAGCACUUUAUUCUAUGCUGCAUGCAUCACGUCAGGGAUCAAGUUCCUACAUGAUCGCGGAAUCAUCCACCGAGAUAUAAAGCCAGACAAUGUCGUAAUAGACAGCACUGGAUAUGCACAGCUUGCAGAUUUUGGACUCUGUAAAACAGGAGUCGACCACACAUCAGAAAUAGACGAGCCAUGUGGAGACCUCUCUUAUAAUGCCCCAGAAAUACUCAGAGGAGAACGCUACAACAGGACCGUGGACUGGUGGUCAUUAGGGAUAACUAUCUAUGAAAUGGCCGUUGCCAAGUUGCCAUUUACUGGGAAAACCCAGGAGGAAAUCUUUAAUAACAUCUUUUAUUCAGAACCAGAUUAUCCAAGUGACCUGGAUAGUAGCACCAUUUCAAUAAUUGAAGCACUCCUAGACAAAGACCCCAGAUUCCGGCUGGGAUCAGAAAUAGAUGAUGGUGAAGAAGUGCAGAGAUUCAGAUACUUCAGGUCAAUUGACUGGAAAGCUCUCUGGAACAAGCAGCUGAAAGCGCCAUUCAUACCCAGCCAACCUACUACAACAGAUGGUGAUGAAGGCGUCAAAGUUACAGAAUACAGAUGGAGACUUGACCAAGAUGUGCACGAGACAUUCAGAAAUUUUGAUGAGUUGCCAGAAGAAAACUUCUAAAAUGAUAUCUCUCUAUAAACCAAAGAAAUGCCAGAUAGAAAAUGUUUGCCAGAGGAGACUCAUCUUCUACCAAGGAAGACAAAGCACAAUACCAACUGUCCUUCUACUUCUACCAAUGGGGUAUAGUAGUUAUCAGGGAUAUGGAAGAUAGCUCAUAGUCAGGCCCAGAAUUGUGGCAAGGCCACAAAGGCAGAGCCUAGGACAGUAGAAUUUUAGGGAUAGCAUGCUGCUCAGCCACAUUGGGAACACUGCGUUCCCCUGUGCCCAUCACUAUGGUGGGCACUAGGACCAUGAUGCCUCGUCGGAACCGCUGCAGGAAAUCUGGCCCUGCUCAUAUUACAAGUUGAUCCAGGGACUAGUCCGAUUGCCAUUUUGGAGU